AGGCAAGGGAAAUAAGUCCACAAUAAAUCUUCAAUCUUCUGAUAAAUUCUUUAUUAACCUUUUCCAAUAAAUCUCAUUCUUUGAACAUGGAGAACACUUCAGGGAUCCACCCAGGGAUCAGCAAUGCAGACAAUGAACAAAAUUUAGAGGAGGAUCCAGGUGUGGUCUCAGACUCGGAAUUCACUGCAGUUCUCGGUUACUUUCUUUCAGGAAAAAUUGGUGAAGGUUCUUUUGCAGUGGUUCGAAUGGCAGAAUUCAGAACAGUAGCAAGUCGAGAUGUUCUUGCCUGUAAAAUCAUUGACCUGGCAAAAUGUCCCAUGGAAUACAUAGAGCGCUUCUUGCCACGGGAAAUGGGCAUUUGGCCAGAGGUGCGACACAGGAACCUAAUUGGAGUGCACAGCAUCUUGGAACAUGGCUCCAGAAUUUAUGUCUUUAUGGAGUAUGCACCAAAUGGAGACCUGCUGGACUAUGUCAUGCAAUGUGGUCGACUGUCUGAGCAACAAGCAAAUGUCUGGUCCAGGCAAAUGGGUGAAGGUGUGGACUACCUUCACAGCAGGGACAUUGCUCACAGGGACCUGAAAUGCGAAAACAUGCUCAUCACCAACAACUGGAACGUGCGGAUCGGCGACUUUGGCUUCGUCACCAAGACCUUCGACAACGGGGAACGCGUGCUGAGCAAGACCUUUUGCGGGUCGCUGGCCUACGCGGCGCCCGAGCUGAUUCGCGGCGACCCCUACGACGCCCGCCAGGCCGACGCCUGGUCCCUGGGCAUCGUGCUCUACGUCAUGUUCAACGCGUCCAUGCCCUUUGACGACUCGGACAUGAAGCAGCUGCUGCUGGACCAGGAGGCCAAGCACUGGCGCCUGACCAAGCCGGCCAGGGCCUACCUCACCAUGGAUGCCAUUUCUGUCUUGGAUGGUCUGCUAGAACCCAGGGAGCUCAAGAGACUCACAGUAGCCAAUAUGCUAAAGCAAAAGUGGUAUUCAACCUUAAACACAAGGUUAUCAGAUCCAAAAACUUGGGCCAACAACAACACCAAGACUCACCAAGCAUCCAUCCAUCCUAAUGGAGCAAAAGGCAGCAACAGUCCAACAGUUAGCCCUCAGAACAGAGGCAGCAAGUCUCCUCCUCCAGGCACCAAAUAACUUCAAUUGUACAAAACAAGGAAAAACACCAGAUUUGGGGUUUUAGAAAUUAUACCUAUGGGGAUGAAGCAGCCAUUUUUUUGCAUACCUUCAGUUGACAACCUGGCAAAUUACUCAGAAUGAUGUUCUUUAAAAAUACAGAAGUUGUGUAUCUUACCAAAAAUGAACAAUCUUUUUAAAUAAAUUCACUUGAACCAAGAAAGCAAACAAGAACGAAUUUGGAAGAGACAACAAA